AUGGCUGGGAUGUGGGGCGAACCCCGUGCCUUGGGGGAAGGGCGUUGUGGGAUCCCCGUCCAGCAUCCCAAGAGGGAGGAGAGCGAGGCUGAGGAGCAGAGCCCUGUCUGGCCCUUGUCCCCACGGACGCCGUCCCAGUCCUGGCUGGGAUGCUUGGAGGGGGAAGAUUCUCCAUUGAGGACAGCGCAGACACCUCCCCGGUCUCGAGAAGGGGCAGACACUGCUGGCCUUGAGCAGGCGGUGCCGUCCUGUGACUGGCCUCAUGGGGACAAGGUUCCUUCGUUCACCCAGGAGGCACCUGAGACCUGCGGCUCCAUGGGGACAGGCCCCACUAGGGGCUGUGCUGAGGGCAAGGUGGCCGUUUCAGAGCAGGCCAGCGAGGAAGCCCAUCGUUUGCAGUUCCGCUCAGGCACUGCCCGGGCCGGAGAAGCUCCCCGGGAGAUGCUAGCCCGGCUCAGCCGGGCUGCUCGGCUCUGGCUGCGGCCCGGGGAGCGCACCAAGGAGCAGAUCGUGGACGUCGUCGUGCGGGAGCGGUUCCUGGGGGCGCUGCGGGCGGACGUGCGGGCCUGGGUGACGGCGAGGGAGCCCCGCAGCAGCGAGGAGGCAGCUGCACUUGCUGAAGCCUGCCUGGGGCAAGGGGAGCCGACCCAGCCUGCUCAGGCCCUGCUCCCUCGCCAGGCCAGCAGCUGGAGCCCAGUGCAGGUGGAGGGUCUGCGGCUCCUCACAACUGCCCACACGGCUCUUACCAUGGCCAGGCUGCGGCUCCGAGGCCCCGGCCGGAACCGGGUUGGGGGGGCGGUGACCUUCGAGGAGGUGGCUGUGUAUUUCACGGAGGAGGAGUGGGCUGUGCUGGACCCCAGUCAGAGAGCCCUCUACAGGGACGUCAUGCAGGAGAAUUACGAGAGCGUGACCUCGCUGGCUCCCCUCCCUACAGAGGCAGAGGCUGGCAUGGAAGGGAUAGAGCCGGAGAGUGCACCAGGAUUGGAGGAUAAACCAGAGGAGGUGCCUGAGCCCAAAGAGGAUGAGGAUGAAGACUUCACCAAGGAAGAUGACCUCACUUACACUGGCGACCUGCGAGAUGAGAAUUACCACCCCUCACUGGACAAUGACUCCGAGCUGAAAAGAGAGCAAAGCCAGACCAAGAGCCGCAAGACACCCGUGAAGGGUGCGCAGCUGUCUACUGAGACGAGUCCAGCCAACGGCAGCCCCUCUGAGGAGAAGGCGGUGCAAUCCAGCCGCAAGAAGCGGGGACAGCCAAGCAACAAGGAUGUGGCCCAGAUCGGCCCCAAGAGAAUCAGGAAGGCAACCAAGCGCGAGAUGCUCCUGUGCGACUUCGAGGGCUGCGGCAAGAUCUUCUCCAACCGCCAGUACCUGAAUUACCACAGGAAAUACCAGCACGUGCACCAGAAGACCUUCACCUGCUCCGAGCCCAGCUGCGGCAAGUCCUUCAACUUCAAGAAACACCUGAAGGAGCACGAGAAGCUGCACAGCGACAAACGGGAUUACAUCUGUGAGUACUGCGCCCGCCCCUUCCGCACCAGCAGCAACUUGAUCAUCCACAGACGCAUCCACACGGGGGAGAAACCCAUACAGUGUGUGAUCUGCGGCUUCACCUGCCGUCAGAAGGCCUCCCUCAACUGGCAUAUGAAGAAGCAUGACGCUGAUUCCUUCUACCAGUUCUCCUGCGACAUCUGCGGCAAGAAGUUUGAGAAGAAGGACAACGUCACCGCGCACAAGAGCAAGAGCCAUCCCGAGGUGGCUGCCGGCCCGGCCCAGCCCACGCCGGAAAUGCCAGAACCUGGCCACCAGGACACCCCAUCCCCGCUCCCCACCCAUGCUGAGGAGACAUCAACCGAGGACCACCCGGAUGUGCCGUGCCCACUUGCCACAGAGCAGCUGGAGAUCCCUGCUCUGAGCCAUUGCAAGAUGGAGAAGGCGGAAGGGCCGGUGUCCCCCAUCGCAGCCUCCGCCGAGUAA